GUUCUCCCACUCGGUACCAUAGGCUGAUUGCCUAACAGGCUUCUCCAAUGACAAAACCACUCUACACCUCGUCGCAUCCUCACUCACCUACGUGUGUCUGGUGACAUACGCGAGAAUACCGUCCAGUUGUCCAAUUUGCCUUUUCCUUCCCGUGGGCGAUCGUGCGUCCUCCAGGAACCGCCAUUUACGUCCGAUCAUUGGCCACACGGACAACGUGCAUGAGUGCGAGACUUUGAUUCUGAUCACGCCCACCCCGUCCCUCUUUCCUCCCUCUGAAUCGGUGGCUUUUCUUCCUUACGAUGGUCAGGAUGGAGAUGGGCCUGCCGGAGAUCUAGAUUUUAUUUCCCAUCUGCAAAUUGCGUCCUUAGAUACUGCUUCUGCCUCUGCCUCAGAUUUCCCUGCUCUUUCCCCUACUUGGAGUCGUCUCAAGAGACGGGGACGUCACAAAAGAUGCUCUCUACCUCCUCACACGAGGAUACAUCGUUUGGAUCUCCCUUAUUCACACCAUCAGGCCUAUCUUUCCUACUCACUCGAAAACUGACAUCACCUAGCGGUGGAAGUAUGCCAACGAUUGUCAAACACUCACGAUCAUCGUCUUUUACAACUGGGGGGUCCCUCCCUGACGAGCCUCGCUAUAGAAGGAGGGACGAGGUCGCUGCCCGGGAAAGUGGUAUUUUCCCAAUACAAGAGCAAGAAGGAGCACUACCGCGUACGCCAUCUGAAACGGCGCCCUCAUUGCCUCGGCACACCGUCAUCGCCCAUCGCGAUCCCCCCUCCAGUCUGGGUCCUCCCAAGAAAACUGUUCUCACGGGUUUGGGUGCCAGAUUGCAUCACGUAUUUGAAAUCGACGUCGAUAUUUGCGAUGUGGCAAAAAUAGCCAUUUCCUCUGUUCCUGCAGUCAUUUUUGGUGCCCUUUUGAACAUCUUGGAUGGUCUCUCCUGUGGAAUGAUAAUGUUUCCUGCUUCCAGUGUUUUCACUAGCUUGGGUGGAAUGGGCGUAUCGCUAUUUUUCGUCUCAGCAGUGACUUCCCUAUUCAUCUACUCGUUCGGCGGAAGUCAGUUCGCAGGUGCGAAUGGGAGUAACAUGAUCGAGACAGUCAGAGAGAUCGGGAAAGAGCACGUGCGUGAAGUGAUCGCAACAACGCUUAUUGCAUUUGCCUUGUCCUCUGUCUUGACAGUUGGCGCGGAUGAUGUACGGACUGACGUUCCUCCUGCUGGGAUACCUACUCUCGGUUUCAUCAUCGGAUUCUUCCCGAGACACAUCCUCGUCGGGUGCAUAGGUGGAGUUGGCGUGUCCCUUAUUUUGACAGAAUUGACAGAUAGCACACGUCUGCCCUCCGAUGCGCUCGAUCCACCUACGUGGGACACCCUUCGAUAUUUAACGACGAACACACAUGCACUUGGACAGUGGAUCCCGCCUUUGGCCCUAGCUAUCCUGAUGAGGGUUAUUACACCCCGGUGGAAGCAUCAACUCGUGUUUCCAAUCUAUUUCUUGGUGAUGCCGGUGGUGUUUUAUGUGAUAGUCAUCGCUACAGGUCUCGAUCCAGACAUGUUACGAAGAGACGGAUGGCUAUUCGAUUCUGCAGGAACGACUGGGUCCGAAGGUUGGUAUGAGUUCUACACCUAUUUCGGUGAGUCUAUACCAAUGUGGAAUACGUUGCCGACGCAGUUAGCACUGUUGUUUUUUAAUAUUUUGCAUCCGCCCCUCAACGUCCCCGCUUUGUCCAUUUCGUUGAAUCAAGAUAUCGACACAAACAAGGAACUCGUCGGGUAUGGAUCGCCGAAUUCGAUUUCUGGAUUUCUGGGUUCUGUGUAUGCUCGUCUCUUUCCUCGUAGUGUGAUGUUGCCAGGUCAUUCUGACAAAUUCGCUCCAUUUGUAGGCCCAAUUAUCUUGUCUACGUCAAUACGUUGAUGUUCUACCGUGUCGGAGGAGGAAAUAGAAUCGCAGGGUUAAUGCUUGCUCUUGUGACCCUUCUCAUCCCGCUGGUCGGCACGGCACCAGUUGCAUACAUCCGUACGUCGUCGUCGUCGGUGCAUUAAUUUUUGCGCUUGGAAUUGACCUUGUCGAGGGGACACUGUGGGAUACAAGGUAUCGCGUGAGGGGAACGGAGUAUGUGACCAUCGUGAGCAUCAUGGUGACGAUGACUGUG